UACUUCACUUCCUUUUGUGUUGUUGCUGGCUUCACUGAGCGAGGUCAGUUGACAGCCUGUCAUUUCAGCCAACAUGCUGUCCCGUUCACGAUGUUUUACGCGGACAUUUGGACGUUCUGUUUCCGUGUUGUCCCAGAGUAAUAAAGGGCUUGGACAGCGGAUGGUGUCAGGCCUCUCUGCAGGCAGUCGGAUUGUUUACAAGAACAGUCAAACAUGCGAUCCCAAGCCGGCCUCCAGUGUCUCCCACAUAAGAUACUUUAGGACUUCUACAUGUUACAGGAACGAAGUCAUCACAGUAAAAACGCCCGCCUUCGCAGAGUCGGUCACAGAGGGAGACGUCAGGUGGGAGAAAGCCGUGGGUGAUACUGUAGCUGAAGAUGAGGUGGUGUGCGAGAUUGAAACUGAUAAGACCUCUGUGCAGGUGCCCUCUCCUGCGGCUGGCGUGAUCGAGGAGCUCCUGGUGGCAGAUGGUGGACGAGUGGAGGGAGGACAACCCCUCUUCAAACUCAAGAAAGGAGCUGGAGCCCCCAAACCUGCUGCCCUUGCUGCUGCUGCUGCUGCUGCUGCUGCUGAACCCGCGGCACCCAAAGCUGAGACCCCGGCCGCCGCCGCCGCUCCACCCCCGACACCCGUGGUCACGCCCAUCCCCACUGCCAUGCCACCUGUUCCCCCUGUGCCAGGCCAAGCUGCUGAUGCCAAACCUGUAUCUGCCGUGAAGCCCACAGCAGCCCCAGUGGCCUCGGCCGCCCCAGCUGCUUCCACAGGAGCCAGGACAGAGAGCAGGGUGAAGAUGAACCGCAUGCGUCUGAGGAUCGCCCAGCGUCUGAAGGAGGCCCAGAACACCUGUGCCAUGCUGACCACCUUCAACGAGGUGGACAUGAGCAACAUCCAGGAGAUGCGUAAACUGCACAAAGACGCCUUCCUCAAAAGACACAACAUCAAGCUGGGCUUCAUGUCUGCCUUUGUGAAAGCUGCUGCUCAUGCUCUUACUGACCAACCUGCUGUCAAUGGCGUUAUUGAUGACACCACCAAAGAAAUUGUGUAUAGGGAUUAUGUAGACAUCAGCGUAGCUGUGGCCACACCAAAGGGACUGGUGGUGCCGGUCAUCCGCAACGUGGAGACCAUGAACUUUGCAGACAUUGAGAAAACCAUCAAUGCACUGGGAGAGAAGGCACGUAAGAACGAGUUGGCUGUGGAGGACAUGGAUGGCGGCACCUUCACCAUCAGCAACGGUGGCGUGUUUGGCUCCAUGUUUGGCACGCCCAUCAUCAACCCUCCGCAGUCGGCCAUCCUGGGCAUGCACGGCAUCUUUGACAGGCCCGUGGCCCUGAAUGGCAAGGUGGAAAUCAGGCCCAUGAUGUACGUGGCGCUGACGUACGACCACCGAUUGAUUGACGGCAGAGAGGCGGUGACUUUCUUGCGCAAGAUCAAGGCCGUGGUGGAGGACCCCCGCGUUCUGCUCCUCGAUAUGUAACCCCUGGGGUCUCCCUUCUAUUAUAUAAGUACGCACUUAUUAAACACGCGUGAUGCCAACUCAACACGAUGACCAUUUGUGGACUUGUGUAGCCCUCCAGAGAGCCUUUCUAAACGACGUUGAGGCCAUGACACGUGUCACACUGCAAGAUAUAAGAUAACGUGAACAAGGAAUGGGUAUUUUCAUAUUGGCUAAUAUUGUAAAGGGACAGCUUAUAAGAACCAUAUCUUGCUAAGUAGGACCCCUUCAAUUUUUGUAGUAUAUCUGCUCUCAUACUUUAUUUAGAAAAGUGCUUCAUGAACGACUGCACAAUGUCCUGGCAGGUGAUUAUGAGGAGGAUUGAAAAUAUGUCUGUGUUGACUAUCCACUUAACAGCUGGUAUCAUGUUGUGUUUGAUGGUGACGGUAUGCUCAAAUAUGUUCAGGCCUCUUAAAAAAUAUGGCUUGUCUAAAUUCUAUAAAGUUACUCUCUCUCCAAACAACAGAACAAACACAUCGUCUUCAUGCUCUGAUUUCACUGAAAUUGUAAAAGUAAAAAACAGAAGAAGAAGAAAUGUCAGGCUUUAUUGGGGGUUAUCAUUUGUGUAGUCAGAAAAGGUGGUUCAACACAUGACGCCUAUUGUACCACACAAAUAAAACAGAAGACCUUUCCAUACCAUACCGUACCUUAUCUAUAUUCAGCUCAAAGUAGAUCUGUAAAACUUGACAUAAUACACACAGACAUACACAAAGCAUUACACAUACUCUUAGCCAAAACUCCAUUUAAAAAUUUGGAGUAAAGCAAGCACUUGACCUGCAGUGAUAGUGGGAUGUCAUUGGUACUGUUGUGAGCAGUUUUAGCCAACUCAAACUGUAUAGCGAGUCUUGCCACAAAGCUUCACAUUUCAACCAACUGGAACAGUUUUAAGUGCGCAACCCUUGAAAUGUCUGAGCAAUGUUUGUGUGGUAACCUUUAUAGCAUAAAUGGCGUUUGCUUUA